ACCGACAUGCCUCCAUUGAUUGGGGGCUAUUUGCGCUGAACACUGGGAACGGUAUAUAUAUCGGUGUCCUGUAAUCUAAUUUGCACGUGUGCAACUCACACGUGAUCAGUUAUGACGGCCCUCGCCGCCGCGGUCGAUUUUUUUCCCGCGAUGUCUGUCCGGGAAUGCUGGACACUGCUGCACACCUCACCGCCGUCCAUAGCCACGGAACGGGUCAUGGUCAGGUGAAAGGUAUAUCACUGCACGGAAGAUGCCAUUCGCUACUGGCUUCUCUCCUAGCAAGCAUUCAACCCUGCCAGGCAGUUCUGGGAAAGGUGGAAGUUAUUACAUCGGCAUGCGGAGGAUGUUCGGCAUUCGCGCAGCGCUGGUUCUACUGGUGGUGCUAUCCGGAGUGCUGAAAGCGCACGCUGCGGUCUACAGGACGGUUCCCCAGUCCACAGCUGUGCUGCUCGGCCACGACGUGACUCUGAACUGUUCCCUGUCCGGACUGUCCGAGCAGGACGUGGUCAACUGGCACUGGUACAACCGGGCUUCCCAGGCCAAACAUCACCACAUCUCGGCCGGCAGCGUGGUGGCGCCCGAGUUCUCCCGCUACUCCAUUGUAGGCGACACGGAAGGAGGCGAGUUUAACUUGAGGAUACAGAACGCCCGGCUGGAGGACGAGGGGAAGUACCAGUGCAGCGUGUUCUCUGUGGACGGAGUCAGCAGGGAUGCCAAGUUAACGGUUAUUGUGCCACCGCCUGAGCCACCCAGGAUUACGGGGAAUUCCAACCCUCAUCGCGUUGGGGAGGGGGCUGUGCUAACAUGCCGCUCGGAGGGAGGCAGCCCCCUCCCCCGCCUGUCCUGGUACAACGGUUCGGUGCAGUAUAACCAGUCGGACACGGAGACCUCGGGGAACGGGGUGGAGGUGAAUUACCUGGUGCCGAGGCUGACGAAGUGGCACAACGGGGCAAACCUCAGCUGCAGGGCGGACCAGCACUUCCCGGGAACCGUCCAACCUCAGGUCGUCUGGACCGUCCUGGACGUGCAAUACCCUCCCACAGUGACGGUAUCCCGGCCACAGAUCACAGUAGUAGAGGGAGGCUCCGCAAAUCUGAGUUGUGUGGUGGACAGUAACCCGGUCUCUCACAUCACGUGGUCCCGACUGGGCGAUCAUAUGCCGCCCAGGCUGGAAAUCAGAGGCCAGGAGCUGCACAUCCCUGUGGUGUCCCGGACCGACAGCGGCACGUACCAGUGUGAGGCGGACAGCAGUGUGGGGCAGGGUGCCAGGGGACUCAUCAACUUGAAUGUUCUCUUUACUGCACACACUGAACAAGAGGCAUGA